AUGCUUACACUUGGUACUAUUCUGCCACAAGAUAUGACUAAUUCUAUACUAAAUGAGAUUAAAUCCAUCUGUAACUUUAAAUAUAAUGGAUUCUAUGGGCCACAGCCAGUCUCUUUAACUAAAGAAUCAUUAAAUUUAAUUAAAUCAAUGGAUUAUUAUGUAUGUGAGAAGAGUGAUGGACUAAGAGCACUACUAUACUAUAAAUAUAUUACUAGUGCAGUAGAAAUAUACUUUAUAACCAGAAAUAAUGAAAUAUUUAUAAGUAAUUGUGUUAUAAACAAUGAUAUACAAGUAAAAGGGAGAUAUUUAAUGGAUGGAGAAGUAAUCCAAGACAAAUCGGGUAAUUUCCAGUAUAUUAUAUUUGAUAUGGCAAUAUUUAACAGUAAAAGUAUCUGUAAGCAUAAUUUAAAUGAAAGAUUAACCAUGGCAAUGAAAUUUUUACAAAUAAGUGAAGAGAGAAGAAGGGAGAGAGAAAAUCAGAAAAGACAAAAAAUAGAAAAAAAUGAUAAAAAAAUAGAUGAGUUCAGGGAGAAAGAAGAUCACCAAGAUAAAAUAAGUAAAAAUAAUAACCCGGUUGAACUAACUGUAUUAUUAAAGAGAAUGCAUAAGAGCUAUGGUAUAAGUGAAAUAUUCUCAGAAAUAAUACCAAAAUUAUCCCAUGAGAAUGACGGACUAAUAUUUACAUGUGUAAAUUAUCCUUAUAUUCCAGGUACUUGCCAAUAUUUCCUAAAAUGGAAACCACCACAUUUAAAUUCAGUUGAUUUCCGUAUAAGGAAACUUUCAGAUAUUUUUUAUAAGUUAUUUGUACUACAUAACGGUAAUGAAAUAUUUUAUGAUAUAUUCUGUUAUAACGUAAAUAAUCAUUAUAAGAUAAGUAAUGAUCAGGAAAUAGAUGGAUUAAUAGGAGAAUUCUGUUAUAACCCUAAAGAAUAUGCAUUAGACACAGAAUAUACGCAAAUAAAAGGGAAUUGGUCCUUAUUGCGUAUACGUACUGAUAAAUUAUUACCAAAUGCGUAUAAAACUGUACUAAAUAUAGUAAAUACUGUAUAUGAGAAUAUAACAUAUAAAGAAUUGGCCAGGAAUACACUAGAAAUAAGGAAUAAUUGGAAAGAGAGAGAGAGAAAUAAAUACACAAUGUGUGAUAAAUAA